UGAAGCCCUCAAAGGAGAAAAAGUAAUUAAGGUAGAAAAUAAAAGAGAGAUAAAUAGCAGGAGAAAGGGAAUUAGCUAGGAUGGAAGACGGAGAUGUGUCGAGGCAGAUUCAGCAGAUGGUGAGGUUCAUCCGUCAAGAGGCGGAGGAGAAAGCUAACGAGAUCUCUGUGUCUGCCGAGGAGGAGUUUAACAUUGAGAAAUUACAAUUAGUGGAAGCUGAAAGGAAAAAGAUUAGGCAAGAGUAUGAGCGGAAGUCGAAGCAGGUGGAGAUUCGUAAGAAAAUUGAAUACUCAAUGCAGCUGAAUGCAUCACGUAUAAAAGUUCUUCAAGCACAAGAUGAUAUGGUGAAUUCCAUGAAGGAAUCUGCAACCAAGGAACUUUUGCGUGUUUCUGACGACGCCAUUGCAUACAAAAAGCUUCUAAUUGCCUUGAUUGUUCAGAGUAUGCUACGGCUGAAGGAGCCAGCAGUAUUGCUGCGGUGCAGAGAGACUGACCGGAAGUUUAUUGAGGCUACAUUGAAGGAUGCAAAACGAGAGUAUUCUGAGAAGCUCAAAGUGCAAGCCCCAAGAGUUACUCUUGACACUCGUGUGUACCUCCCUCCUCCAACUGGAGUGGAUUCCCAUGAACUCUUUUGCUCGGGUGGAGUAGUCUUGGCUUCACAAGAUGGGAAGAUUGUUUGUGAGAACACCCUCAAUGCAAGGUUGGACGUCGUUUUCCGACAGAAACUGCCCGAGAUCCGGAAGAGCCUUUUAGGGUAAGUGAGUACAUGAUCAAUCUUCGCAAGUGUUUGCUGGUGCAGGGGCAUGUUUGGAAGGAAAUAAUGCAAGAGUCUCAUAUCAGUUUUGUAUCUCUGGGAAUAAGUAGUAUUUGAGUGUGAUUUUUUCUGUAUUGAUUUGGAAAAAAUAAGAAUGUUGCUGUAGGAAUUGGAAACAUUAAGGAAACUCUUAAUGAUUUACUUAAACUGUAACAGAAUGUCUUACUAAAUAAAGUGUGAUAAUGCUUUUCCCAACA